AUGGGUGAUAAAUUUUCAGUCCCAACCAACCAAAGCAAAGAGAGACAGCCCAUCGUGAAAAAAAAAAAAAAAAAAAAAAGAACCAACAUAUAUUCAUAUAUCUUGAUAAUAUCUUUCCCAGUUAUAGAUCAAUUUCAAAUGUCUGAAUCUUUGAAUAUUCAAGAAUUAACUGAUAAUUCUUCAAUUAUACCGAUCCCAACCGAAUCAACUGAUGUUCAAGACGUUACUUCUGUAUCUAACAAAGAUACUACCACUACCACUACCACUACCACCACCACAACAGAAUCAACGACUCGUGUCAGAAAAUCAUCACCAUCACCAUCAGCUAAUGAAAAUGACAAGAAACGUCUUAAAAAGGAAUUUCAACCAAGACAAAAAAUCGAAUAUACUCCAUUAGUCGAUGAAAAUGGUCAACCAAUCCCAAAAGCACCAAGAAAGCCAAAACGUAAAGUUGCCGUUAUGUUAGGAUAUUGUGGUACUGGAUAUAAUGGGAUGCAAGUACAAAAUGAUCCUAAUGUUAAAACCAUUGAAAAAGAUAUUUAUGAUGCUAUGGCCACUGCCGGAGCCAUAUCGGCUGAAAAUGCUGUUGAUUUAAAAAAAUCGGGAUUUCAAAGAGCAGCAAGAACUGAUAAAGGAGUACAUGCUGCAGGUAAUGUAAUUUCAUUAAAAAUGAUAAUUGAAGAUCCAGAAAUUAUCAAUAAAAUUAAUGAUUUAUUACCUAAACAAAUUAGAAUUUGGGGAAUUCAAAGAACCACAAAGGGGUUUGAUUGUAGAAAAUGUUGUUCUUCAAGAAUUUAUGAAUAUUUAUUACCGACAUUUAGUUUAUUACCACCAAAACCAAAAUCAGUAUUAAGUGAAUUAGUUAAAGAAAAAAAAUUAGAAAAUCCCGAUUUAUUUGAAGAUGAUCAAGAAGGUAUUGAUUGGUGGGAAAAUGUUAAAUCAAAAAUUUUAGCUUCCGGUAUUACUCAAGAACAAAUUGAUUCAAUUACUAGUUCAUACGAUGAACAACAACAACAACAACAACAACAGCAGCAACAACAAGCUGACGAAGAAGAAAGAGAUAUUUCUGAAUUAUCAUUUACUAAAUUGAUUAAACAAAUUAAAACCAUUGAAAAUCAAAGUAGAAGAUCAUAUAGAAUUUCAUCAUCACGUUUACAACAUUUCCGUGAAGUUAUGAAACAAUAUGAAGGAACUCAUAAUUUCCAUAAUUUCACCGUGGGUAAACCUUUUAAAGAUACUAGUGCCAAUAGAUUUAUGAUUAAAACUAUUGUAUCAGAUCCAUUUGUUAUUGAAGGAACUGAAUGGAUAUCGAUUAAAAUUCAUGGUCAAUCAUUUAUGUUACAUCAAAUUAGAAAAAUGAUUGCUAUGGCAGCAUUAGUAGUUCGAUUAAGUUUACCUUGUGGAAUAAUUAAUAAUUUUUUCCAAUCAACAAAAAUUAAUAUUCCUAAAGCUCCCGCUUUGGGUUUACUUUUAGAAAAUCCAGUAUUUGAUGGAUAUAAUAUUAAAUUAACUAAAUCAGAUUAUGAACCAAUUGAUUUCACUAAAUUUGAUAAAGAAAUGAAUGAAUUUAAAAUGAAAUAUAUUUAUGAUAAGAUUUAUGCUGAAGAAAGUAAAGAAAAUAUUUUUUAUGGAUUUUUCGGUUAUAUUGAUGCUUAUAGAGGUAAUAAAAAUGAAGAUGGUGAACCAAUUCAAAAUGGUGCUAGUAUUUUUGAUUUCUUAUUUAAUUAUACUGAAAGAGUUGAAAAUACCAAGAAUAAAGAUGCAAAGAACACCUCAAAGACUGAAGAGUCAAAGCCUGAAGAAUCAAAGCCUGAAGAGUCAAAAUCUGAACAAUCAUAA